GACGGGGGAAGCUGCUCUUCUUCUUUCUCCCCUUCCUCUUUUCUCUCUUAUUUUCUCUAGUCAACUUCUCCUUCAAUUAUCACCACAUUGUCUUUCUUGGAACUCAUAGUAAUUCACACUACUACACAUGACCACUCACUAUUUGCUUGAGUGUUUAUCUAGGUAGUCCUCACUAAGACCGCCCCAACAUCUUACACACCUUUAAACCCUUGAAAGCCACACCGGCCAUAUCUUAUCUCUCUCAUCACCCCGCCACCCCGCGAUCAAGAUAAGCUUCGCUCUUCUCCAGACGCAACAGCAAGCUAUCCAAGAACGUCCACCGCGGGGAGAGCUCUUCAGAUACCGCGGUAUUUCCCUUAUCGGACCUCCCCAAGCUUCCAAGAUAAGCUUAUCACAAACAACCCCUCCAUCUCUCUUCAUCAUGACGGCCUCUCAAGACACCAGCUCACCCCUCGUGGUCCUUGUCUCGACGCGGGCAGUCCUCACCUUUGAACAAGACAACCUCGUCCUCACGCCGGCAACGAUAACAGUCUCGCCCGCCACCGGAAAGAUCGUCAACAUCGUCCCGGCAGUCCUGCCAAAGACCUCCUUCCCAGCCUCCACUGAGUACAUCGACUACGGCUCAAAGCUCCUGUUGCCCGGUCUCGUAGAUGCCCAUGUUCACCUCAACGAGCCCGGCCGCACGGAAUGGGAGGGUUUCUGGACGGGUACGCGGGCCGCUGCCUCUGGCGGUGUGACGACCGUCGUCGAUAUGCCUCUCAACGCUAUCCCACCCACCACGACGGUGGCUGGCUUCAAGGAGAAGCUUGCUGCGAGUAAAGGACAGUGCUGGGUCGACGUUGGUUUCUAUGGCGGCGUGAUUCCCGGAAACGCUGAUGAUCUGCUGCCCCUUGUUGAGGCCGGUGUCAGAGGCUUCAAGGGGUUUCUGAUCGAGUCUGGAGUUGAUGAAUUCCCAGCAGUCUCAUCGCAAGACGUGGCCCUCGCCAUGGAGAAGCUCAACGGCACACCCACGACGCUCAUGUUCCACGCCGAGAUGAUUCCUCCCAUCUCCGACUCGGUCGGCGACGCGGUCCAACAGUCUGAGCCGCCGCUGGCUCCCACCGGCGAGCUCAACUCAUACAAGACCUUCCUCGAGUCCCGCCCGCCUUCGUUCGAGACGUACGCUAUCGAGGAGAUCCUGUCCCUGGCCCACCUCGCGCCGGACCUUCACCUCCACAUCGUCCAUCUGUCAGCCACACAGGCCAUCCCACUGCUCAAGGAAGCCAGAGCAAAGGGCAUCAACAUCACGGCCGAGACAUGCUUCCACUACCUCGGCUUCGCAUCGGAGGACAUUGCCGACGGCGACACCCGCCACAAGUGCUGCCCUCCUAUCCGUGAGCGAUCCAACCGCGACGGCCUCUGGGAGGAACUCGUGGCAGAGGACUCGUGCAUCAAGACCAUCGUCUCGGACCACUCGCCGUGCACGCCGCAGCUGAAGCUCCUCCCGAGCCAUCUCGAGACUCGCACCCCGCCCGAAAGCCACUCCCCUAACAUGCACCACUCGGAUUCCGGUAUCGACAUGACGAUUCCUGGCGAGAGCAUGGACAAGAUCCUCGCGGAGAAGACGCUAGAGGACGCGGCGGUCGCCGUGGCGGACGCGAGCUCGCGGGGCGACUUCUUCGCUGCGUGGGGCGGUAUUUCAUCUGUGGGCCUGGGUCUGCCCAUCGUCUACUCCGAGGCAGUGGCGCGCAUCGCCGCCGAGGGCGAGGGUGCGGCGCCGUCUAUUAUUGAUAUUGUGCGGUUGUGCAGUCAGUCGACGGCGAAGCAAGUUGGUCUUGCGCACCGCAAGGGCGCGCUCAAGGUUGGUAUGGACGCUGAUAUCUGCGUGUUCGACGACGCGGACGCGUGGACUCUACGGUCUGGUGAUAUGCGGUGGAAGAACCGCUGCUCGCCGUGGGAGGGUCAUGAGUUUGCUGGCCGGGUGAAGGAGACGUGGGUUAGAGGCCGCAAGGUGUUUGAGUUUGGAGGAAAGAAUCUUGGAUUUGUUGGUGAGAGCCCGGUUGGUGAGGCUAUUACGGAGAAGCGCACGGCGUAGUUGAGCUGGGCGCUGGAUGAGGAGAGAGGAUAAUAUGAAGAGAUGGAUGAGAAAGUAAAAGAGAGAAAGAUAGAUCGUGACGAGAGCAUUAGCCGUGUGAUGAUUUAAUGAGGUCUGAUUUAGGACAAAUUGAUAAUGGAAAACAAAACCACUUCAUGAACGUCAGCUUGUCA